AUGGAUUAUACCUACGAUGAGGACCUGGACGAGCUGUGUCCUGUCUGCGGGGACAAGGUCUCCGGGUACCACUACGGGCUGCUCACCUGUGAGAGCUGCAAGGGCUUUUUCAAGCGGACGGUGCAGAAUAACAAGCACUACACCUGCACUGAAAGCCAAAACUGCAAAAUCGACAAAACCCAGAGGAAGAGAUGUCCGUACUGUCGCUUUCAGAAGUGCUUGACGGUGGGAAUGAGACUAGAAGCUGUGCGUGCGGACCGGAUGCGAGGAGGAAGAAAUAAAUUCGGCCCCAUGUACAAGCGGGAUCGUGCCUUAAAACAGCAAAAGAAAGCUCUGAUACGCGCCAACGGCUUUAAGCUGGAGACUGUGCCUCAGAUCGUGUCGCCAAUGCAAACUGACUACAACCUGUCCUCCACCAUCCAUGGCAUCCACUCGGUGUCCAAGAGCCUGCCUCCCAACCCGGUCACUGUGACACCAGUCGACUAUGACAGAAGUCCGUAUGGGACGCCGUCCUUGGGAAUGACUGUGCCUAGCCACGGGGCGCUGUCAGGCUACCAUUACCCCUCCUUUCCCAACCGCACCAUCAAGUCAGAGUACCCCGACCACUACACAAAUUCCCACGAGUCUGUGGCCAGCUACAUGUAUCCAGAUGCAUAUCCCAACAGCGCCCCACCCGACAUCCCUGAGGUCAUUCUCAAGCUGCUGCAGCUGGAGCCCGACGAGCCCCAGGUCAAGGCGCGGAUACUGGCUUGUCUGCAACAGGAGCAGGGCAAAGGCCGGCAUGAGAAACUCAGCAGCUUUGCCCUCAUGUGCAAGAUGGCAGACCAGACCCUCUUCUCCAUUGUGGAGUGGGCACGGAGCUGCAUCUUCUUUAAGGAGCUGGAGGUGGGCGAUCAGAUGAAACUGCUGCAGAACUGCUGGAGUGAGCUGCUGGUGUUUGACCAUAUCUACAGGCAGGUGCAGCACGGGAAGGAGCACAGCAUGCUGCUUGUGACGGGCCAGGAGGUGGAGAUGGUGACAAUCACAGCUCAAGCAGGGUCCAGCCUGAAUAACCUGGUCCUGAGGGCACAAGAACUGGUCCUACACUUGCAUUCACUCCAGGUGGAUCGACAAGAGUUUGUGUGUUUGAAGUUCUUGAUACUCUUCAGUCUCGAUGUGAAAUAUUUGGAAAACCACAGCCUGGCGAAGGAUGCUCAGGAGAAAGCGAACGCAGCUCUGCUGGAGUACACUGUCUGCCACUACCCUCACUCCGCGGACAAGUUUCGUCAGCUCCUGCUGCGGCUGGCUGAGAUCCGCUCUCUCAGCAUGCAGGCCGAGGAGUACCUCUACCACAAGCACCUGAGCGGGGAGGUGCCUUGCAACAACUUGCUCAUUGAAAUGCUGCAUGCCAAGCGGACUUGA